AUGCUUGAGGAGUUGGACAGUGAGGAUGAGUACAUUGUGACAGAAGAAGAUGAUCGUGAUAAUGUACAUGAGAAGACCUUUGAGGAUUACUUAGAUGGGUCUCAUAUAUUAGACAAAAUGUACAAAAAUGGUAAAAUCUGGUCUCAAUUACCAUUUGGAUCCAUUGUGCUUGAGGAGUGUAAGAGGUACAUAGCAAGGUGUUUGUUGAGGGAUUGCACUUGGAGGAUUCAUGCUUCAGUUCUAAGGAAAAAAAUCAGUUGGGCCAUAAAGAAGCUAGAAGGAGAGCAUGCAACUUGUGGGAGGCUGGAAGAGAAUCCUAUGGUCUCUUCAGCAUGGCUAUGCAGACAAUUGUUACAAGACUUAGAGGCAAACCUAGAUGUCCCAGUUGAUUCAUUGCAGAGGCUAUGCAUGGAAAGGAACAAGAUCCAUGUGAAGUUGAGAUUGUUAUACAAAGUGAAGAGUUUAGCGAGGGAGCAAUUACAUGGUGGGUUUGCUGAGUCCUAUCCAGCUCUUCCAAAGUAUGCUGAAAUGAUAAAGUCUACAAAUCCUGGGUCUUAUGCUUUGGUUACAUGGACUGACAGUUUGCAAUUUAAGGCCUGCUUCAUAUCUUUUGCAGCUCAAGUGAAAGGAUUCUUAGAUGGUUGUAGACCUAUCAUAGGAAUAGAUGGUGCACAUUUAAGUGGGUAUUACAAAGGGGUUAUGCUCACUGUAGUUGCAAUAGAUGAGAAUAAUGAGAUCUUUGUGUUAGCCUAUGGGAUUGUUGACACAAAGAGCAUAGAUUCCUGGACUUAUUUUUUCAGAAACUUGAGGUGCUUGUUUGCUCAGUAUAAAUCUCAGAAGGAUGACUGGACUUUUAUCAGUGACAGGAUGAGGGGGGUUGAAUCAGCAUUGUUUAAGGUUUUCCCAAGAGCUACAAGGAGAAUAUGCUGCCAGCAUUUGUACUCAAAUUGCAAGGCUGUAGGAUGGAGUGGGGCAGCAUUUCAUAAGAUGUUUUGGAUUGCGGAAAAUUCCUACAAUGAGUACGUUUUUGAAAAAGCUAUGUCCAAGAUAAAAGAUUUUGAUGCAGCAACAUAUGACUAUCUCAAAAAUGUAGAAGAGCAGUGGAGUGUGCACAUGUUUGACAGGACAGUUUAUUGUGAUCAUAACACAACAAACUUCGUGGAGUCAUUCAAUGCAAUAACAAAGGCCAACAGGGACAUACCUGUGUUGACAUUGCUGGAAGAUGUCAGGAAUUGGUGCAUGAAAAGGAUGGGUUCCAGGUUCGAUAAAGCAGUAUACAUGGAACCUAAUGAUAUAACAGAGCAUGCAAAGGGGGUGCUGGUGACUAGGACUGAUGAUUUUAGGUUCUGCCAUGUCACUGCAGCUGGUGGUGGAGAGUUUGAGGUGAGAGAUGGCCAUGUCAAGUUCCCUGUCACCCUUAGAAAUAUGACUUAUGGGUGUAGGAAAUGGCAAGGAUUAGGGAUCCCUUGCAAGCAUGGGCUAAGGGUCAUUUACAACCAGAGACUUGAUCCUAGGGACUUUGUCUCACCUUUCUACAAGGGGGUUGCUUACAAACUCACUUAUGGAGACCACAUGCACCCCAUGGCUGAUCCAACUCACUGGCCUUCACUAGAUGUGCCAGAAAUUACACCACCCCAAGGGAAAAGAAAUGCUGGCAGACCACCUAAGCAAAGGAGAAGAGCUGCUCAUGAGGCAAAAAAAGGAAAGAGGCAUACGAAUAACAAAUGCAGCCUAUGCAAAGAACUAGGCCACAAUGCAGUGACAUGCAAGGCAAAAAAGGCAUCAUCAAAAAAGACAGCACAUACAACUUUCUCUUCAUAG